UAUACUUGACGAGGCAUUGGAUAAUACACCAUAGGUGUAGGUUUAUCACUUAUUUUUCGUUCUUUGAAUAUACGCUUCGAUAUGGAAUUAAAUGUAUGAAAUAAUUGACCACAAACUAUCGUGUUAAUAAGUGCUGCUUAUUUACGUUAACUAGGUAUUGAUCAAAAUGCUGGUGCGUUCUGGAUUAAUUUUCAUCGUGGCCUGGUUUGUGCCGCAUGCAGUGUCAGCGUCGAUGUGCAGGCCAGUACUUCAAGUCGACUUUCCCAUUAUUGAACUUGGAGAUGUUGCAAGUUUUACUUGUAGGGCAUGCAAUACAAAUCCUGCACCAACGUUCAUCGAUGUUCGACAUAACAGAAACCAGAGUUGUUUGUACAAUAUUCAAUAUAACUAUACCGAAUGCCCUGAUUUGUCAUGGGAUGGAAACUAUACUACGGACGAAGAGUUUUUGUUCAUGUUUUCUAUAAAACAGUUCACAGCGGAAAGGCAGGGUAGCUAUGAAUGCGAAUUUCAAACCGGGUUUGCGUCUUUCCCUAUCGACGUACUGCUGAAAGUACCAGUUACAUCGGUGUAUCUAACACCAGUAUUCCAAAACGCAUCUGUACUAGAACAUCAAACAGAGCAAUUCCACUGCAAUGCAUCUGGAAGACCGGCCCCAAUAAUCGAAUGGUAUAUUGAGGAUGUAUCUGAGUUUGUGAAUUAUGAUACAAACAUAACUCACAAUUCCUCUACUAUCAGUAGCUCUUGCAAUAUUGAUAACGACAAUGUUACUUGCCUUAAAAGCACGUUAGCAUUGUUAGUGGGUCCACACGAUCAGGGUAAGCGUAUCUACUGUAAUGCAUCCAACGGUAUAAAUGCGGUUACUUCAGAUGUGAAGCCUGUCCUUAAUGUACUACGUAAACCCACAAAGCCUAUUAUUGUAGUUUCGGGAAACGCUGUUGUUAAUUUCAAUAUAAGCGUUGUUAAAGGUCAGUCAUUAGACAUGAAUGGAACCAGUUCGGGAAAUCCUACACCAACAAUAUAUUGGCUUAGCCAAUUAAAAUAUGAAAUAUUGGCAAAUCCUUUGCGAAUUGAUAAUAUACAGAUCAAUGAUGAAGGAGAAUACAAUUGCACGGCCAGGAACGACCUUAAUACGUCGUUUGGAGAUCAUAUCGAUGGAGUUUCAACUACGGUGAUUGAACUAAUUGUACAAUUUCCACCAGAACCACCACGGUGUCAUGUGGGCGACACAAACAUCUCAUCGGGAACCGUGCGUGCAAUCAAGGACAGGCCACUUGUAAUCAAUUGUUCUUCUUCAAGCAAACCAGCACCGAUAUACUAUUGGUGGGUUUUACCAAAUGGCACUAAUGCAACGGGUAAUUCUUUAACAAUUCACAGUGUGCAAAACAAUUUGAAUAACAUGUAUCUGGUAAACGUCAUGAACCAAAUGGAGCCAACAUUACAUGCCCCAGUGCCAGGCUUCAACAGCACAAGCAUCCAACUCGAUAUUCUGUACCCACCAUCAACACCUCAGCUGUUUUAUGGCGGUGCCAACGGUUCAAAUAUAACUACAAAUAGCAUAGUCGUAAUUAAUGGCACUAAUGUGAGUGUAAGCUGUCUCGCAACAUCGAAUCCUCCAGCAGUCCUUACGUGGUCUAAUAAUUCUCCUGACUCGAUCCUUAACGUCACCAUAGAGGAUAAUCAAACAAGAACUUGUAGUGCAACGACAUACCUUGAACCUACAGGAACAAAAGCUGAAAAUGUUACCACCAACGUGUCAGUAAGCUUUGAGACUAUAUUUCCUCCACACAAACCAGAGCUCAAGAUUACAUCAUGCGAGAACGGUCCACAUAUCAUGAACAAUGACAUAAUACAUGUAAUAAAUGGUGUAACUGUUCGCAUAUCAUGUAUUUCGAUUGGAAAACCAACACCAGAAUACAUAUGGACGCCAACGGGUGGUACAAACGAAGGAAUAUUGACACUCAGUUACUUCGAAAUGGGUAUUCAGUACAAAUGCAUGGCUACGAAUACUUUAAGACCAACGUUUGAAAAUGCAAUAACGGCGAACAGUUCAUCGGGUUUUUUUGUGGAUAUUCUAGAACAUCCUACUAUAAGGUGCAAUGCGACGUAUACAGUAGUGAUGAAUGAGGAUUUAAAUGUAACUUGCGAUACAGUACACGGUAAUCCAAAACAAACAAAUUACACGUGGGCAAAACACAAGUCAUCACGCAUAUUAAGCAGAAAUGAGUUCCUUUAUAUUCCACACAUACAACUCAAUCAGGAAGGAAUCUAUAUUGUUACUGUAACCAACUAUAUGGAACCGACUGGUUGCGAGGCUAAAAUAGGAAGUGACAGCAUAGGCAUUAACGUUGACGUUCAAUUUGAGGCAAAUAUAACUGCAUUUCUUAUGCCAGGACGCAACGAAACUACAGUAGUCAUUGAUCAACACACGACUUUAACUAUAUAUUGCGACGUAAUGAGUGAUCCAAGUGCAACAAUACAGAUACUGUUUCAAAACAGAACAGCAAACAAAACCUUAGCAGGACAAAGAUUAGAAUAUCGAAAAGACAAGGCGGCAUGUGAACAAGAUAUGGGCGUGUACUCAUGUUUUUCCAACAACACACACAAUACAGAUCCAAAGAGAAAGGAUUUAAUAGUCCGUAUUCGUUGUUCCCCGAGGAUUUCUCCGGGGCAAACAACAAUUCGAAACAUUACGCGCUCACUUAAUGAGAGUGCAUCAUUUUCGUUGAACGUAUUUGCAUAUCCUCCUCCAGAAUUUGUCGAUUAUCGAUGGGAAAAACGCAUGCAAAACAAUCAAUGGAUGCCGCUCUCAAAUACGUCCAAAACAGUUAUCAACGUAGCUCAGGAAUUACAGCAAACAAAUCUUACCAUUGAUCACAUAGUUGAAGAAGAUUUUGGUGUUUAUCGGGUUAAUGUUAGCAACAAUUUUUCCAGAAACAUCGCGGAUAUCUUGUCGGAGACAUUUUACCUUGUUGCAAGCUCUAAACCGGAUAAACCAUUUAAUAUCCAUGUUCUAAAUGAGUCCAUAACAACACACUCCAUGAGUGUCGCCUGGGAGCCAGGUUUCGACGGCGGACACGAACAGCAUUUUAUAGUGAUGUAUAAAGAGCAGAUUGAGCCAGACUGGAAUCGUAUAGAAGUAAACGCUUCGUCUGUGUAUGUCUCAAAUAUUACAAAUCUGAGAGCAGCAUUGAUGUACACAAUAAAAAUGGUCGCCGUAAAUAUCAUUGGGGAAUCAGAGGAGACCGAGCCAAUAGGAGUGUCGACUUUAGUUGCAUUUUCUAAUGAAGUAAAACAAAACCCUUCUGUGGUUGGUGCAGCGGUAGGUGGAACAUUAGCAGCGUGCUUGAUCGUGGUGGGGGCUGUGGUGGUUUACAAACUACGGCGCAGAAUAGGAAUGUUAAAAGACAGGACAACUUCAAAUACACAGGCACGUUAUUGUAAUCGUCCAAACAGUUCAUCAAGGAAAACUCAUGAGUACGUAAACCAUACAUUUGCAUCAAAUAUGCAAACAAAGCCGGACAACGAACAAACAGAUACUGAAACUGUGAAAUUCCUCGUGACAUCUGAAUUCAAGACUAACGUGGAUAACAAAAACCAUAUCGAAGCGACAUAUAGAAACUUAUCUGGAGACACAUUGAAUGAUGAGAGUAUACCGAUAAGCCAGCUGCGUAGUAAAGUAAAGAGAUACCAAACAGAUUCUAAAGAAGCCUUCAAUGAAUAUCAGGCAUUGCAUCGUGGACUCAAAAACGCAACAGAAGCAGCUAAUAAAGUCAUGAAUGUUCCGAAAAACAGAUACAAAAAUAUGUAUCCAUAUGAUUUCAAUCGAGUUAAACUGGCUUCCAUGGGUACGGAAGAUGAUGACUUCAUAAAUGCCAGCUUCAUCAAUGGAUACGAAAGGCCAAGAAGAUAUAUUGCUGCUCAAGGUCCUCUUCUUGGAACGAUUGAAGACUUUUGGCGGAUGGUUGUGGCAGAGAAUGUGUCAGUAAUUGUCAUGUUAACAAAACUCAUGGAAGAGGCAAAGGCAAAAUGCUGCCAGUACUGGCAUGAUGACGUUGGGUUUUAUGGCCAGUUUUCGAUCACGACGGUGAAAUGUACACAAUACGGCAACUUCGUAGUCAGGCACUUGAGCUGCGUUAAGCAGCAUGGGUCUACAACACGUCACGACGUCACCCAGUACCACUUUACAGCAUGGCCCGACAAGGAUGUCCCGGAUACUGCUCUGUCAUUGACCCAGUUUUGGGAACAUGUCCGCAGAAACGAAACAACCAAAGAUCAGCCUUGGAUUGUGCAUUGCAGUGCUGGCGUCGGCAGAACCGGGACGUUUAUUGCCCUUGACUUCCUGUACGACAGGGGGAAAGCGGAAGGUGUCGUUAGCGUGUUUGAUGCUGUACAGAACCUCCGCGAGCAGCGGAUAAGCAUGGUGCAAACAAAAGAGCAAUAUCUAUAUCUCUACGCGACACUCUGUGAGGCUCUCCAUCCAAUCGGCAAAGUAUACACGACAGAUGAAUUCCACGCUACAAUGUCGUCUCCACAGCGUACGCAUUUACUGCAGCAACAAUUCCAAGAGAUAUGUGAUGAAACUAUGCCAGUAGUAGAUGAAUACGAAUUCAGACCAAAACUGCAUUCGUUAAUUGCUGGAAGAAGCGACUCCAUCGACGCUGUAUUCAUAUCAACGUACCUGAAGAAGAACGCCCUGAUUUUAGCCCAGUAUCCUCGAAGUGACACCAUGAUUGACUUCAUACGUUUGGUCAUUGAUUAUGGAGUGAAGACAGUUCUUACAAUGGAGGAGGACAUACAGCAGGAGCAAAAACUUUGCGGAAGAGAUGGCACUCAGCUCAAGUUCGGACCAUUCACAGUGACGACAAUUAGCAAACAGAAGUCGACGAAUUUUUCUCAAACUAAGCUCAGAUGUGAUUGUACAAAUACGGUCUACGUUCAGGACGUAACGGUGUAUGAAUUCACUGCUUGGUCAAGCAAGAGCCAGCUUUCGGACGAGGAUGCCUUUAUCGACCUAUUGAACGAACUCAACAACACGUGUACAGAAGGACCUGUGAUUCUUCAGUGCAGAGAUGGACACAGUCGUUCGGGUCUUUUGGCUGUUCUACUGAGUGUUAUUGAAAGAAUAAAGAUUGACAAAGAGGUAGCCAUUGCUCAAGAAGUCCGAAUGAUGCGGUGUAGAAAGCCACAAGUAAUUGUCGAUGCAACCCAGUAUAUAUUCUGCCAUGAUGUUGCUCUGAAAUACUUAGAAAACUGUAUAGUAUAUGAAAAUGUUUAACUGCGGUUAAAUGCUGGUUCGAUUGAUAGUAGUGGAAUUAUCAGACAAACAAUCUACAUUAAACAUGUCGCGUUUGUUUAUCACCGACUAUAUGUUUUAAGUUUUUGAAUCAUGUGUUUUAAAUAUUGGAUAUAGUGUUUGAUGUUUUUACACCCACAUAUUUACAAAACGAAUAUUUUAGACUCAGUUACGUUCUUUGACACUCAUAAUGAAUCUUUUAAUUAAAAAUAUUGAUAAAAAAUGAUAAUACUUCUAGUUUAAAUACAUUUAUAUGUACCCAUAUGUGAUCUAUAGACAGUUUGUUUAAGCUUUUAUCGUGUAAAACUGUAUAUAUGUAUAUAAUAUAUUAUCAUAGGCAUCGUACCCACAAAGCUGUUGAUAUUGUACUAGUAUAUUCCGCAAUAUACCUUUUAUAUAAAGCAGUGUGAUCGAGAGAAAAAGUCCCGAUGUAAUACCCCCGUCACACCGGACUGGCGUCCUUACUGCAUCCUUACGGCGACCCAGGUCGCAGUGAGGACGCCAUAGACGCCGGAUUAACUAAGUAACGACGUAAGAGGACGCAGUGAAGACGCCGAAAAUUACUCAGGACGCGAGCCCACGGCGACCACUUUAAACAUGUUCAAAGUGGUCGCAAAGUCCGGCGUUUUUACGGCGUUUUUGGUAGGACGCAAUAGUCGUAGUGAGACGGUGUAGGGUCGCUGUAAGGUCGCCAUGGACGUCGUGUGGUCGCCGCUCAAACCCACAAAAAUGAUAAUUGACUGCAAGGUGACCGUACGGCGACCUUUUUGCGACUUCAGUACGUCUUGUGUACGUCUAUUGCGUCCCAGAACGACUAUGCCGUCCUUACUGCGACUUCAUUGCGUUCUUACGGCGUCUAUUGCGACCCAACUACGACUAUGGCGUUCCUAUUGCGACCCCAGUGCGCUUUUAAGGACGUAUUAAAAACACCGUGAGGACGCACCGAACGCCUAAAAUCAGGACGCUGGUGUGACGGAAAGGCGAGAAACAGCAUUUUUACCGAAAAAGUCAUUGGCGUCCUUACUACGACAAUCAAAGAUUUUCAGAAACACAGUCUUAUGUCGCCGUAAGGACGCCAGUCCGGUGUGACGGGGCUAUUAAGUAACAACGUCGAAAUGUACCUAGAUCUUAACUUUGGUAUUCCUGCAAACAACCUUAAGCCCUAAAUGAUUUGCAUUGAUUGUUCCAAUCCAAUGCGGCGCACCAAGCUUGUAUCAUGUGUAUAUUUAUUAUUGUGCCUUGGCUUGAUAGAAAAUAUUUGUCCAUGACAUAUUUCUGAAGUUUUGUUGUUCCUAUAUACAGAUUGUGUAAAAACUAUUUGAUAUAUUCAUUUAAUCAGGGUGCACAUAUAUUAUAAUAUUUAUAUAGUUGAAAUUUGUUGAAUGUAGCUGCAUUGAAAGCGGUGUUUAUGUCUUGUUUAUUUUUCUCAAUUUUAUUCUGCUAAACAAUGGUUUGAGAGCGUAAUUGGGGAGUAUUUGGAACAAAAGCGAUUAAAUGAUAAACAACU